GGAAAGAUGGCAGCAGAUUAUUGCGCUUUUUUCCCGUACUUUCGCCAGGCGGACAUUUUUCCGACGGUCUCGACCCGGCGCGAUUUUCACCGCGAAAAUCCCACCGAAAACGCCAACCGACCGCGAUUCUACGAACGAAAUUUACCGCGUUUUUCGUUUCUUGAAUUAAACACCGGCCCUACCGGGGCAAAUGCGGUUCGCGUUAAGCUUUUCUAUCUCGGCCGACGCGAAGACUCGAGUGCGGACUUGGCGAUGAGAACGCGUGAACGUUUUCUCUAAAAUAUUCCCAUGCUCGUUGCGUAUUCUAUGUACACAAACAAAAUUCGACGUAAAUAAACAGUGGUUCGUCUCGUUAACGCUUCGUACCGCUUCACAAUCACGAGGAAAUUAAUGGCACCGCUUGCUAUCGACGAGAUGGAGCAGAGGGAUCUCCCACAGGCGUUCCGUCUGCUGGGAGAGAUGAAUGCCAAUGUCCUGCAGGUGAACCAGCUGGUGGACAAUAUGCUGGUUCGCGUGAAAAACGGCGAGAUCUCCACGGACAAGGGUCUCAGUUUCUUAGAGAUGAAGUAUCACAUGUUACUCUCCUAUCUCAUAAACUUGACUUAUGUAGUGCUGAGAAAAUGUUCCGGGGAACGCAUCGAGGAUGAUCCUUCAAUUGAUCGUUUGAUCGAGAUCAGGACUGUCCUCGAGAAAAUCCGACCAAUAGAUCACAAGCUUAAGUACCAAAUAGAUAAGCUUGUUAAGACUGCUGUAACCGGUACUAUUAAUAGCGACGAUCCCAGCAACUUCAAAGCAAAUCCUGAUGCUCUGGUUGCUAAACUGGAUAGCUGCAACGAAGAGUCUGACAGUGAACACGAGGAGGAGACGGAAGGCUUCAAGUCAAUACAGGCUAGGAAGCCAAAUGUUUACGUGCCACCAAAACUAGCUGCAGUACAUUAUGACGGCGAUGAAACAAUGGCGGAGAAAAUCCGCAAGGCUGGCGAGAGAGCUCGCAGACGCGCCGUGUCUAACACAGUCCUGCGAGAAUUGAAGGAAGAAUAUUUGGACGCACCUGUGGAGGAUAGUCAAGGCUUGGGCGAGAAGCAAGUGAUUCUGGGACGCGAGAAUAAGCGAAAAAUUGAAUACGAAGAGAACUACAUGACGCGUUUGCCGGUGACUAAGCAGGAAAAGCACAGGCGUCGUCAGAUGACUACUCUGGGUACUCUCGGCGACGAGAUCACCACUUUCGGAGAGUCAUCUGCCAAGUCUGCUAAAAAGAGAAAAGCUCAGAAAAAGGGCAAAGCUAAAAAGAGUUUCAAGAAAAAACGGCAUCACUAAGAUGGCUUUUGGGACAACGCGAGAGCCCAGUUUCAUACAGCAUUAACGAUUAAGAUAAAAGGCAAAAAAGAAAAAAAAUUUACUUCUGACUUCUUCUCGACAAAAAGCAGAUGCCACUAAUACUCGUUACUAAGUUAAGCUAAAUAACUCGUAACAUCUUAGUAAUUAAAAAAAAGAAGACAACGUGUCGACGGUGGAGUAAAAAUAGCACGAUGGUAAUUUAUUACUGUAUAAGACAUACUAAUGGUCGUGUAAUUGAUAAUUAUAGUUAAUAAUGAUUUUAAUCUUUAACUGUUGUCCGAAAGAUCAAUUUUGAUCUAUGGAGUACGAGCGAUCCGUCGGGCGCGAGGACGGUACUCUUUCGAGAGACGAAAAACACGGUAACGAGAGAUGUGAACGGGCACACACGAGCUUAAACAAAACGGAAAUUAUGUGUCGCAUAGCGUAAUUAUAUUAACACGUUGGGAUCGAGUUGACGGAUCACGGCUCCAAGAUCGAAAAUUGUGAAUUACACGUAAAAGUUGAAAGCAGAACAUUUUUCUGCUUUAUUUUGAAAUAUUCUCCAGCUAUAUAGGGAAAAGGGAUAACGAUGGGAAAAGACAGAAGGGAGGGAAAAGGAGAUAGGUAAACAUAGCGGGAGAGACGAUAUUAAAUUACUUGUUAACAGAAGCGUAAAAAUCACAAGACAUUCCAAGAGAAAAAAAGAGAACUGCAGAAGUUAGAAAACUCGAGAUUCAGAAAAUGAAAAACGAAAAAAAAAAGUAAGAUAAGACGAAGACAUUCUCUAGAACUGCACGCACUCGGCGCAACUUCCGAAGGAAAAAUUAACUAAGAGAAAAAAAGAAAAAAAAAGAAAAGCAAAAAACGAUACUUCGUCGUGCGAUAUCGCAUGUCUUAGGAUUUUCUCGCUGUCUUAGAGGUAGUGAAGUAGUUACUAGUUUUACUAUUAUACGUAUGUUUCGUUUGUGUUUUUCCCCUGGUGAAACUGUUGAGGCUAUUAUAUCUCGAUGUGAGUCAUGUUUUUACGUUAAGUCUCAUUUCUCGGUUUCCUUUCGUUUUUAUUUACAAUGUGCUUGUGCAUUGUAUAUAUCUGUUGUUCUUCGUUUAAAUGUAAUUAUUAGGUGAUAACUCUUGGGUUGAGUCGUUAAACUUAUAUUGAUGGUAAUAUAAGGAUAACACGAGCGUGUCAAAAUUCAAAAUUGUCGUCAAUUUCUCGAAUUUGAUUUCAAUUGACUGCGUUUGUUUUUCUCGGGGAGGGGGAGCCUGUCACAUAUCAUAUAUAACGGAUAUAAACCGACGAACGAAGAUUAGGGCGAAAAUCACUUCUGCAACGAUAAAUAAGAUAUUUGUACAAUCAAAUCGCGCGGGAACCGAUCGACGUCGACGUCGCCGUUGACGGCGGCGUCGUCUGUUUCCCGUGCUUAAAUAGGUUGGAUUUUUUUAAUGUUGUUAAAACAUGGGUGCCUCGCGUGUGUGUCGGGGCGUCCCAAUGAAAUGUUCCUUUCUAAUGUAGUGAAAGAGUCGAAUAAGCGCGGAGAAAGGAUGAUAAUUGUUCUAUACAGAUCGAGUGCGUUAGGUAAUAUAUGUUAGUAGCCAUUGCUCAUACCUGCAGAAGUGAUCCCGCAUUACCUUCAAAGGAGUAAACUAAUUCGCUGUAUGCUGGCCGGGGGCUCAACCAUCCAUAGAUAUUAUAUUUUUUACAGAAGUGUUCAUAGAUUGAGCCAACUUGGCGCGGCGACGAUGUCACACGCGCCCCCUCUUUUCGCAAUCUGUGAGGACGAUUUAAAAAAAAAAAAAAAAAAAGAAGAAGAAGAUGAAAAACUAAAAAAUGUGAUAAAUUAUUCAUGAAAUAAUAGUUAAAGAGAACUUAACAAAAUAGCACAAUCGCUGGGCAUUAUUUACAAGUGCUAGCAAGCCUAAUGUCAGCAGCCUUGUCGUAUUUGGUAAAAAAAAAAAAAAAAA